AAGGUUGAAAGGGAAAUUUGUGUUUGAGUUUGAUUUGAAUGGGAGAGGAAAACACAUGAGACCGGGUGGCUCUCACACUCACACAAAGACAUACACGACACAACACAACGCUACAUCACACGACACCGUUUCGUCUCGCUCUUUCUCUUCAUCAGAGCCACCGCAUAGGGCUUCGUUCCCUCUCUUUCUCUCUCCAGACUCUAGACAUCGUCGGAUCUAAGGGUUUGGGGGAGUGAGACAAACAGCAGCGUCGAUCUUCGGGAUUUUUCUCUCGGUUUCUCCCGCUUUCUCGCCUGCCAAACACCGGAUCGAACUCGAACGGGACGCUUGAUCGGAUCGCACUCGUUUGGGGCAUUCGCACACAGAUGGGAAUGCCCAAACGAUGAGCAAAGCCGGCGACGAAGACGACGACGACGAGUGUUUCUACGAGUCUCUCGAUCGGGUCCUCUCGUCCUCCUGCUCCUGUUCCUCUUCCAACUCCGAUGAUGAUGCGGAUCCGAAUGCCUCGCCCAAUUAUGCUUCCGAGCACCCCUUUCCCAUCCCCAAAUUCCCCAUUGGUGCUUCCAAAUACGAUAUCUGGAUCUCCGAGCCUUCCUCCAUUGAAGAGCGCCGUUCGCGUCUUCUUCGCGAAAUGGGCCUUAGCAACGACCCGUCUCUGUCCCGGGUAAAACCCACCGCUGAUCGAAGUAACGGCGAUAUUGGCCGAUCGGUUUCGUCCGAUCGAUUGGCCGGUCAAGGAGAGGCUGGUGUGGUCAUUUGUCGAUCGAAAUCGGACGGUGCAAAGGAUCAGUGUAAUUCGUCAGUUUGUUCUCCUCCAAUUCUUUCUAUUUGUUCGGUUGUAAAUAAUAGCAAACUUGUUAAUUCGCGAAGUAGUGGAAGUAAUGGAUCUCCGAUUGCCAAUGCUGCUUCUGCUUCGCCCAAUAAGCCUCCCACCGGAAAAAUGUGUAGGCGGGUGGAUGAAACUAGGGGUGAUUCCACAAAAUCGGAGCCUAGUUUUGGUCGCAAUUCUUUUUCUGGUUCUGGGAAUGGGACUGGUGGAGAGUGUGAUGAGGAUUCGGAUUGUAAUGUGGUUGCGAGGACAGUCCCUCAUGACCAAGUAUGCACAAUUAAGAAUCUUGAUAAUGGGAAGGAGUUUGUUGUGAAUGAGCUUAGGGAAGAUGGUAUGUGGAACAAGCUUAAGGAAGUGGGGACAGACAGGCAAUUGACUAUGGAGGAGUUUGAAAUGUGCGUUGGGCAUUCACCUAUUGUUCAAGAAUUGAUGAGGAGGCAAAACGUGGAGGAGGGUAAUAAGGAUAAUUUGGAUAUAAAUGUUAAUGGGGGUGUUGGGGGUGGAUCGAAGUUGAAAAAGAAAGGGGGUUGGUUCAAGAGCAUCAGGAGUGUUGCUAGUUCGGUGACUGGGCAUAGAGAGAGACGGAGUAGUGAUGAGCGGGAUACAUCGUCUGAGAAGGGUGGACGGAGGUCGAGUUCUGCCACAGAUGAUAGCCAGGAGGUUUCAUUCCAUGGUCCAGAGAGAAUUAGGGUUCGGCAGUAUGGGAAGUCAUGCAAAGAGCUUACUGCACUUUAUAAGAGCCAGGAGAUACAAGCCCAUAAUGGGUCAAUUUGGAGUAUUAAGUUUAGUUUGGAUGGCAGGUAUCUUGCAAGUGCAGGUGAGGAUUGUGUUAUUCAUGUGUGGCAGGUUGUUGAAACUGAGAGGAAAGGGGAUCUAUUGACAGAGAAACCAGAAGAUGGGAAUUUGAAUCUUUUGUUUGUGGCCAGUGGAUCCCCAGAACCAACUUCAAUGUCACCAAAUGUGGACAACAAUUCAUCAGAAAAAAAGAGGAGGGGGAGGUCAUCUGUAAGCCGGAAAUCAGUGAGUUUGGACCACAUUAUGGUGCCAGAUACUGUGUUUGGGCUUUCAGAAAAGCCUUUUUGUUCAUUCCAAGGACAUGGUGAUGAUGUGCUUGACCUUUCAUGGUCCUCCAAGUCUCAGCAACUGCUCUCAUCUUCAAUGGACAAAACAGUUCGGUUGUGGCACUUGUCCAGCAAGUCCUGCUUGAAAAUAUUCUCACACAGUGAUUAUGUAACUUGCAUCCAGUUUAAUCCUGUUGAUGAUAGAUACUUCAUUAGCGGAUCCCUUGAUGCUAAGGUUCGCAUUUGGAGCAUACCCGAUCGUCAAGUUGUUGAUUGGAAUGAUCUGCAUGAGAUGGUCACUGCUGCCUGCUAUACUCCAGAUGGUCAGGGUGCAUUAGUUGGGUCAUACAAAGGGAGCUGUAGAUUAUACAACACAUCUGAAAAUAAGUUGCAGCCAAAAGGUCAAAUAAAUCUGCAGAAUAAGAAAAAGAAACCUCAUCACAAGAAAAUCACUGGUUUCCAGUUUGCACCAGGAAGUUCAUCAGAAGUGCUUAUUACAUCUGCAGAUUCACGAAUUCGGGUCAUUGAUGGUGUUGAUCUGGUUCACAAGUUCAAAGGGUUUCGCAACACAAACAGGCAAAUCUCCGCCUCUGUCACAGAAAAUGGAAAAUAUGUGGUCUGUGCAAGUGAGGAUUCUUAUGUGUACGUGUGGAAACAUGAAGGUGGUACCCGACCAGGCAGAAGCAAAGCCAUUACUGUGACUCGCUCAUAUGAACAUUUCCACUCGCAAGAUGUUUCAGUGGCCAUCCCUUGGCCUGGCAUGGGCGAGACAUGGGAACUGCAAGAUAGUUUCUCAGGAGAGCAAAUCGGUCUUGGCAGCCAUCUUGAUGAGGUCUCUACUGCCAAUCAUCCCCCUACACCUGUAGAGUAUAUUAAUGGUGAUGAGGGUUCACCAUCAGUAUCUGUAUGUACCAGCAGCCCCCUUAAUGGAACCAUUUCUAGUGCAACCAACGGUUACUUCUUUGAUAGAAUAUCCGCAACGUGGCCUGAGGAAAAACUGCUUUUGGCUACAAAGAACACAAGCCCUCAUGCCAGUGUGGACUUUGCCAAUGGGGUAAACCCCCAUCGGUCCGCCUGGGGUAUGGUCAUUGUAACUGCUGGCCUCAGAGGCGAAAUUAGAACUUUCCAGAAUUUUGGAUUGCCAGUUCGGAUAUGAGGGGGCUGAUGAAGAAAAUCAACCAGAUCCUCAACAACGAUGGGAAAAUCGGUGAUACUUGAUUUUACCCCCCCUCUACUUGGCAAAAUGUGUACAGAGAAUAUGUGGUGAGAUUUGUAAUAUUAGCGAGUUCCUUUUUCUUGCUUCCAUUUGCUUUGUGCUUGUCGGAUGUGGGGAAUAGAAUGGAGAGCCGGUCCGACUUGGCAUUGGAAAAAAAAUAGAUUUGUCAAAAAGAAGAGGAAGAAAAAAAAAGCCAAAAAAAAAAAAAAAAAAAAAAAAAAAAAAAACACUACACCUUGAAUUUAGGGGACCGAUGGAUUUAUGUAAUCGGGAAUUGUAGAGUUAUGAGCAGGGGAAAAAGCUUAUUAAAUUUAAAUGGAAUUCUUUUACAAUUCA